AUGGAAAACCCGUCCUUCGUCCUCCGCGCCGUCAAGGAUGUCGCGCUCGACAACAUCCCCAAACCCUCCAUCACCGAUCCAUACGAUGUGAUAAUCCACGUCGGGCAAACGGGCAUCUGCGGCUCAGACGUGCAUUACUGGCAACGCGGACGCAUUGGCGAUUUCGUCCUCACCUCGCCCAUCGUCCUCGGCCACGAGUCCGCCGGCACGGUCGUCGAGAUCGGCGCUGCCGUCAAGAACCUCAAAGUCGGCGACAAAGUGGCCAUCGAGCCCGGCGUGCCCUGUCGACAUUGCAACUACUGCAGAGCCGGCUCGUACAACCUAUGUCCGGACACGGUCUUUGCCGCGACGCCCCCACACAACGGCACGUUGUCAAAAUACUACAAGACGGCCGCGGAUUAUUGCUACCCUCUGCCGGAGCACAUGAGUCUCGAGGAUGGUGCGCUGUGCGAGCCCGUCGCUGUGGCCGUGCAGAUUUGCAAGGUCGGCAAGGUGCGUGCCGGACAGACUGUUGUGGUAUUCGGAUGCGGACCGAUCGGUUUGCUCGUGCAGAGCGUUGCGAAAUCGUAUGCGGCGAAGAAGGUCAUCGGCGUGGACAUGAGUCAGAGUCGAAUGGAUCUGGCGAAGAACGUCCUGAAAUGCGCAGACGGUGUGUUCAAGCCGGCUCCCAUGCCCAAAGAGGAUGAUGAUGGGCAGCCAUACGAUGCUGACAAGGAGUGUGCAUGGAGCGCUCGUGUCGCCGAAGAGAUCAAAAAGACGUUCGACCUGGGUGAGGGCCCGGAUGUGGUUAUCGAUGCGACCGGCGCGCCGGCUUGUAUCCAGACGGGUGUGAAUCUAUGCAAGAAAGGUGGCAUGUACGUGCAAGCCGGGAUGGGACGGGAGAAUGUCAUGUUCCCCAUUAUCACGGCGUGUAUCCGGGACUUGACCAUCAGGGGUUCGAUUAGGUAUACAGCAGGAGUAUACCCUGCGGCCGUGGAUUUGGUGGCCUCUGGGGAAAUCGAUCCCAAGGUAUUGAUCACGCACCGGUUUCCGUUUGAGAAGGCGGAGGAGGCCUUCGAGACGGUGCGGAAGGGUGGAGAAGAUGUGCUGAAGGUGAUUAUUGAGGGAGUUGGGAAUUGA